AUGGCCCUGCUCGGCUCCGCAGCGCCCGCAGACUGCCGGGCACACCGGGACGGGCCGCCCGACCGACCGCCCCGCCGGGGAGGGGCCGCCGCAGCCGCCAAUCCGCGCCCGGCACCGGGAACCGAGCACCGAGCACCGGCACCGGCACCCCCGGCACAGCCGACACCGAGCACCGGCACCCCCGGGCACCCCCGGCACCGGGACCCCCGUCACCCCCGGGACUCCCGGCAGCGGCACCCCCCGUACCCCUCGUACCCCCGGCAGCCCCAGCACCGAUCCCCGGGCACCCGCAGCACCCCCGACACCAGGGACAAGUGGAGCAAAAAGAUGGAUUUCCUCCUCUCGGUCAUCGGAUUUGCCGUCGAUCUGGGAAACGUCUGGCGGUUCCCUUACAUCUGCUACCAGAACGGAGGGGGAGCCUUCCUCAUCCCCUACACGCUGAUGGCUGUUUUUGGAGGGGUGCCCCUCUUCUACAUGGAGCUGGCCCUGGGGCAGUUCCACAGGACAGGAGCCAUCCCCAUCUGGAAGCGCAUCUGCCCCAUCUUUAAAGGCAUCGGAUUUGCCAUCUGCAUCAUCGGCCUCUACGUCUCCUUCUACUACAACACCAUCAUUGCCUGGGCUCUCUACUACUUCUACUCGUCCUUCUCGGGCACCCUGCCCUGGGCGAGCUGCGACAACUCCUGGAACACCCCUGACUGCACCAACUACUUCGGCAGGAGCAACGUCACCUGGACCAACUUCUCCAGGUCCCCUGCUGAGGAGUUUUACACGAGGAAGGUCCUGGAGAUCCAUAAAUCCAGGGGUCUGUACGACAUAGGGGGGAUCCACUGGCAGCUGCUCCUCUGCCUCUUCCUCAUCUUCGCCAUCGUCUACUUCAGCCUGUGGAAAGGGGUGAAAACCUCUGGGAAGGUGGUGUGGGUGACGGCCACCCUGCCCUACGUCGUUCUCCUCAUCCUACUGAUCCGGGGGGCCACCUUGCCCGGCGCCUGGAGGGGGGUCGUCUUCUACCUGCGCCCAGACUGGGGCAAACUCCUGAGCACUGCGGUUUGGGUUGAUGCUGCUGCACAGAUUUUCUUCUCCUUGGGUCCUGGAUUUGGGGUACUCCUUGCCCUGGCCAGUUACAACCAUUUCCACAACAACUGCUAUCGGGAUGCUCUCAUCGCCAGUGCAGUGAACUGCCUCACCAGCUUCCUCUCAGGCUUUGUCAUCUUCACCGUGCUGGGCUACAUGGCUGAGAUGAGGGACGUGGAGGUGGAGGAUGUAGCCAGAGAUAAAGGGCCAAGCCUCCUUUUCAUCACCUACCCUGAAGCAAUUGCCAACAUGGUGGGAUCCACCUUCUUUGCCAUCAUCUUCUUCCUGAUGAUGAUCACGCUGGGGCUGGACAGCACAUUUGGGGGCCUGGAGGCCGUGAUCACAGCCGUGAUGGAUGAGUACCCCCAGCUCCUGGCCGGACGACGGGAGCUCUUUGUCCUCAGCCUCAUCACAGUCUCUUUCCUGGGCUCCCUGAGCACCCUCACCUAUGGGGGAGCCUAUGUGGUGAAGCUGCUGGAGGAGUUCGGUGCUGGCUGCUCCAUCCUGGCAGUGGUGCUCCUGGAAACCAUAGCUGUGUCCUGGUUUUACGGGAUACAGAGGUUCUCCCACGAUGUCAAAGCCAUGCUGGGCUUCACCCCAGGGCUGUUCUGGAAGCUGUGCUGGGUCGCUGUCAGCCCUGCCUUGCUAGCAUUCAUAGUCAUCAGCUCCCUCCUGGACCAGCCACCCCUGACCCUCUUUGACUACCAGUACCCCGAGUGGAGCACCUCGGUGGGACACCUCAUUGGAGCAUCAUCCUUCAUCUGCAUCCCCUUCUACAUGGUGUACAAGCUCAUCUGUUCACCAGGGUCUCUCAAGCAGCGCCUCGCUGUCUGCAUCCGGCCAGAGAAGACCACUCGAGCCCCCCGGGCAGAGGUGGUGGGCUUGGCACCCAUCCUGUAGAGCACCAGCAUGGCCGGGGGACACAGGGACUGCUGGGGCAGCAGGAGAGCAGCUGCCACCGCCUUCCUCACCACAAACUGCCCCUC